CGCGCCCCGGGCAGCUCCAGUGGCAGGAGAAGUCAGGGUGAAAUGCGCGGCUCCUUUAAUAAGAGGCAGCAGUGCGGCUGCGGGAGCCAUGGCGACCACAGCGUCUAACCACUACGGCAUCCUCGCAGCCGGGCCGCCGAUCGCGCAUUCGGAGCCGGGCAGCAUGCAGCAGAGCGUGGCGUACCGGGACGGACAGAGCCUGCUGCAGGGCGACUUCGGCGCGCACCCACUGAGCCACGCGCACCAGUGGAUCGCCGCGCUCUCGCACGGGGACGGGAGCGCGUGGUCCCCCGGCGCGCUCGGGGGGGAAGCCGACGCGAAGCCGCACGACGCGCCCACCUCGGACGACCUGGAGCAGUUCGCCAAGCAGUUCAAGCAGCGGCGCAUCAAGCUGGGCUUCACGCAGGCGGACGUGGGGCUCGCGCUCGGCACGCUCUACGGCAACGUGUUCUCGCAGACCACCAUCUGCAGGUUCGAGGCGCUGCAGCUCAGCUUCAAGAACAUGUGCAAGCUGAAGCCGCUGCUGGGGAAGUGGCUCGAGGAGGCCGACUCGUCCACGGGCGGCGCGUCCAGCCUGGACAAGAUCGCGGCGCAGGGCAGGAAGAGGAAGAAGCGCACGUCCAUCGAGGUGUCGGUGAAGGGCGCGCUCGAGAGCCACUUCCUCAAGUGCCCGAAGCCCACGGCGUCCGAGAUCGCGGCGCUCGCCGACAGCCUGCAGCUCGAGAAGGAGGUGGUGCGCGUGUGGUUCUGCAACCGCCGGCAGAAGGAGAAGCGGAUGACGCCCCCCUGCGGCGGCGCGCUCCCGCCGGGAGAGGAGCAUGUGUACGGGGACACGCCGCCGCACCACGGGGGCCACACCCCGGGCCACUGACUGAGUCCACGCUCGGCCGGCGACUGGCCCGGCCGCUUUCCACGCGCGCUCCCCUCCUCCUGUGUCCUGCUGCUGCAAGGUAUACACAACCGUGACGGGGGUUGUCCCGAGCGAGUGUGUCCCCCCAGGCGGCCGGACGCGCCGUGGAUGUAGGGAGGGUCACACCGGACACCUCGUCACGUGGCCCCGGGGAAGGAGAGCAACCAGCACUGUGGCCACUGAGUCUAGUUGGUGAGUCUGAGUGGACACGCGUGUGGACGCUAAGUCUGUGACACCGUAGUGUAAAACGCUGUGAGCUGGUAAGUCUCCGUGGAUGCUGUCACUCUCACUGGACACCGUGACUGUGACACUCGCGAACACUGUGUGAGCCUGUGUGGACAUUGCCGCGCUUCACCUUUGUGACACUGACACUCGAACUCUCGACGCAGAGUGUGUCACACCGUCCCGCGUCUUUGGCUGACACGGAGGACACUGUGAACCUGACACUGUGGAAAGUGACAUUUUGGGACACCGAGGACACUGUGAUUUGACACGUCUCUCCUGUUCUUUGAAGGCAGCCGCUCUGACGGGUUUGUGCGCUUCGCGGUUGCAGCUUUUAUAUGUGAAACGCGAGAGUCGCGCCGCUUUUCUAACCUUUUUACACAGGAGUCGCACUUGCGGACAGUG